AUCUUAUGACCCAAACAUUCUCCCCUUCUGUGCCCUCCUCAGUCCUCUCUUUGUCUUUGGCCUGAAUUUAAAUUGAUAUGAAGAUGAGAACAAGAAUGACCGCCGCAACCCUCCGUCCACGCAGUGGCCUGCAAAUUCAGAGUGAUCCUCAAUCACAUGGCCCCGUGGUUGAAGAGAUCGAGGGGCUCAUCAAGGUCUUCAAGGAUGGAUUCGUCGAGAGGCCUCAGAUCAUGCCAUGUGUCUCGAGCUCAUUGCCCUCAGGGGUCGGUGUGGCAUCGAAAGACACUGUGUUUGAUAGGUUCACGAACGUUUGGGCGCGUUUCUAUGUCCCGACAUACCAAGGGAAGUGUAAAAUUAACAAUAAGCUCCCUUUGGUAGUGUACUUCCAUGGUGGUGGGUUCUGUGCCGGUUCUCCGGCUUGGAGCUGCUACCAUGAGUUUCUGGCUAGGCUGGCUAUGAAGGCGAACAUUUGUAUCGCGUCAGUCAACUAUCGUCUUGCGCCAGAGAAUCCCCUUCCUGCAGCCUAUGAAGAUGGAUUCAGAGUCUUGAAAUGGUUGAAACAACAGGCUUUAUUAUCACGCGAUUUGCCUACUACAGAAUGGUGGAGAAGGCGUUGCAACUUUACCCGAGUCUUCCUGGCGGGCGACAGCGCCGGUGCAAACAUAGCUCACAACUUGGCCGCGCGGCUUGCUUCAAACAAUGCCUUCGAAGCUAUGUCCUUGAGGCCAUUGGGCUUCAAAGGCACAAUCUUGGUGCAGCCCUUCUUCAGUGGAGAGGUGAGGAUAGAGUCAGAGAAGAACCUGGUGCAGCCACCUCGAUCGCCACUCAGCCUGGAAACUGCCGACACAUACUGGCGGCUGGCCCUGCCUUCUGGAUCCGACCGGGAUCACCCAUGGUGCAACCCGGUAAUGGCUUACAGUAAGGGCUUCUACAAUGACUUGGAUGAUCUGAAGCUUCCUCCUACCUUGGUUUGUAUAUCAGAAAAUGACAUUCUAAGGGACAGGAACUUACAGUUCUGCCAGACUUUGGUCACAGCCGGUAAAGUGGUGGAACGCGUCGUAUACGAAGGAGUGGGGCAUGCAUUUCAGAUCCUUAGUAAGAGUGAGAUCGCACAGGCGCAAACUGAGGAGAUGAUGCUUCACAUUGAAUCAUUCAUCAACCAAUGAAAGUAAAUGUUAUUGAUGUACAAACAUUGUGUAGAAAUUUCAGCUGGGAUUUGCAACUAGGUAAUUGUCUGACAAGAAUGAAAAGUGUAUGAUAAUAAGUCUUGCAUCUUCCGUCAACUUGUUAGCCGGAAAUGAAAUUACAUGAAGUAUCAUCAUUCAUGACCUGAA